UAUCCAUGGUAACAAGGUAACCGGAGACUAGUGUGCUAGCUGUUGAUUAUACGGUUCCAGCAGUAACUUAGCUAGCUAGUCCGUCUUAUCACCUUUGAGACAAGAGUCCAAUGUCCCGAAAAGCGCUGAAAGUGGUGGCUGAACUAAAGUUUAGAGCGGUUUCUUGUCCUGGAGUUCAUCUGCCAGCCAAGGAUGACAUCUACCUCAGCAUGUGCUUCAUGGGCCAGUACCACCAGUCGGACUGUCUCCCUGCCGUCUUUCCUCUGCUCUUUCAGGAGAAAAUGACAUUUGAAAAGAUUUUCAGGCAUGCAGUUGACCCUGGAGACAUCGCUAUAAUGCUGGAGUAUGAGACGGUCACAGUUGAACUGGUGCAGCUGAUCCCUCCAGCGGCGGACACUCUGGCCUGCUUUGAAGAAGAUGCUCGCCGUUUCUUAUUCCCAGAGCCCAAACUGGUUCCCUCCUCCUCUGGAGUGGAUCGGGAGGUCCUGAUGACCCGAGCACCUCACUUCCCAGGUAUCGCUCCACGGUUGGAGUUUUCCACCAAAACAACCAUCAUUGAGUGCUCAGCUGAUGCUCGGAUCAACAUUUACCCUAAUGUACCUAUGAGGCCAGUGAUGAAGAGGAACAGGACACCCUCCAGCAGACCCAGGAGCUCCUCUCCUCAGAGGAAACAACCUCAAACCCUUGGAAGGAGACAAGGUGGCAGGGCGUACAGGGGACGACACAGCGGCACUAGGUCACCAUCAUACAUGUCCAGGUCCCAGUCCCUGUCCCCUGUAAGAGCUGACACACAGCGCCUGGCCCGGCUCAGCCUGGACUCUGCAGCUGACUGGGACACAGCUAGCACCUCCCAGCCUAUGCUGCCUUUGUGGCCUGGAGCCAGUCGCUCUGCUGCGUUUACCAAAUCCUCUUCACCUUUGACCAGGUCUUCAUCAACAGUGAGAUAUUCUCCAACUGGCAGAAGAAAAUCCUUAUCCAAUGGUUUGGUUGGAGGGUUACCAGAAGACGACUCCAGCUCUUCAGAAACACAUGACCCCCUUGACUACCACCAAGGUCCUGACCCUUCAGGGCUGUGGCGGUCUUAUAGGGAACAGGCCAGGCACAGCAGGUCUCAGUCCAGCUCUCACAGAGAAUGGGAAGAGGUCCAAGAGCGUGUUCGGGGACUCCUUACGACACCAAAAGCUGUACGCCGACUUGCCUAUGGGGCCACACACUCCGAGGUAGACAAGGUUUUAACCAGGAGGUCCAUCUCUCCAGGUCCACCGUGAUGACCUGGCCAGACUGGUGAGGUGAUUUGAGGAACCUUGUUCUGUUUUUCACUGGCCUGUAUUCACUGUUAUUGUCUAGCUUGUGUUGUUCUGUUGUGUUGGUCUGUCUGUUGUGUGCCCCCACC